CCGUUUGUGCCUGCGUAUUUGCCGAGCAUUGGGUUCCCCUUCGACACGACCAGUCUGCUUCGACCGGACGUACUCCUUCUGGACCCGCCCGCGCCGAUCGAGCUCGGUGUGCAUCUUCUCGCCGAGCCCAGUGCGACGCAGUCCAACCCCGCUGAGCUCCAGCUGCUGCUGCAAGCUGACGCCAAGACCUCAUUGGGCGACUCCCGCCGCGCGAUCGAGAUGCCAGUGCAUGCGAUCGAGGACGCCCACUUGGUACCCGAGCGCAUUUCGGCGUGGAUGGCGAGCGUCGCCGUCGUGCAUACGUCGCAGCCGCCGCCGCACGUCGUGUACACCAAGCCGAUGCCAUCGAUCGACACCCUACUUGAGCUCUGGCCGCCCGAAGUCGAGCCUUAUUUGACCAACUUUUCCACGGCCGAGCUGCACGUGUCGCUUGAAGACCGGAUCCGCGUCAUCUGCGGGCUCCUCGACAUUCCAGUCUACCCGGGCCAGCUCAAGCAGAGCUUGCAUGUCCUCUUCGUGCUCUACCAAGAGUGCAUGGCGAUCGCAGCCAACGUCGUAGCGUGCUAG